GGUCACACCCUCUGCAUCGACGAAAUCGCGCUCCAGGAGAAGGCGGACUUUGAUAGCAGGUCUCAGCAGGUCAUUGGCAUCUGCCAUCGACAUGCUGCCGCUGUCAAUGUUACUCUCACAGACGCCGAGUCAGCUAUCCGUGUCGCCACCAGCCUCAAAGCAGAAGAGUGCCACCUUGCCAAGGAGGCAACAGUGAUUGCAGUCACCACAUGGGGCAAUGACACCAUCCGCCCGCUCCUUGCCGCUGGUUCAUGCAAGUCCGAGACGCCAGCUCAAAUCGCUGCGACCAUGAAGCAGGCAAUCACUAGCUGGGAUGAAUCUGGCGCUAGAGACAGAUUCGGCCCUAUCUGGUCGGUGGCAACGGAUGGGGACGCUACUCGACGUCGAGGGUUCCACGACGAGUUCCUCAAGUACCAGAUCGACGAGCUCACGAACAUCAGCCAGACACCGGUCAUGGUCGGCACAGUCCGGCUUCUGCCCGGGUUGAACUGCUUUGUUGGGGACAGCGCUGUGACCCUCGACUUUGAUCCCAAGCAUAUCUUCAAACGU